CCUAAAGCUUAUUUUAAUUAUAUCAUAUAAUCAAAAAUAAAUCAAUAUUAUUAUAUAUAAAUAAUUGAAUAAUUAUUAGCAUGAAAUUAAAUCAAAACUUAAUACAUAAGCAAUUGAAUAGUUGUUAGAAUAAAAAUUAAAUUAGAUAAUAUAUAUGUUGAUAUCAUUCAACUAUAAUUUUUUUUAGAAUUCAAUUAUAUUUUAUUUUGUUAUAUUCAUAAUUUUAAUAUGCUCUUUGAUACCAAACUGAUUUUUCAAAAAUAUUAAAACAUAAACAAUGAACAUACUAAACAACAUUCAAAUUUUGUCUAUAAUAUUUGUUUUUCUCACUAAUACCAUAUAAAAAAUACUUUUAGAAAUCAAUUAUGUUUUGUUUUGUUUUGUUUUGUUUUAUUCAUGUUUUUAAAUACUAUUUGAUAUACCAAAAUGAUUUUUCACAAAGAACAUACUAAACUUCCUUAAUAUUGGUCUUUGAUAUAUUUUUUUUUUGGUUUUUCCGUACUAAUACCAUAUUAUUGUUUUUUUUAUCAAUGUUUAGAGUUCGCACACAAAAGAUAUAUGGAUAGAAUAAUAUUUUGAAUAUGCACACAAAAUAUUAUUUUGAAUAUACCAAGCAAAAAAAUUCAAAUACAGUUGUAUAGAACAUGUUUCAAAAAAAAAAUCAUGGUAACUAUUUGAAUUAAUAUAAAAUUAUAACAUGAUAUUACUAACAUAUAGUCCGUCUGUUUCUUUUGUAAAAUUAUUUAUAGAAUUUUUAUAUUAAUAUUUAUAAGUAUCAUGUUCUAAGAAAUAAAUAUGUUUAUAGUUAUAUUUUGUAUAUUUAAAGUUUGGUUUUAUUAAAUUUGAAUUCAUAAUUUUAAAAAUUGACUAAAUACGCUAAAUAUAGCGCUCAGCAUAUUUGUGUAUAUAAAGUUUUUAAAAUAUAUAAUUUUUUGGUGCAUAAAUUAUUUAUACAGUUUUUUGACAAUAUAUAUACAUAUAGUUACAUGAAAAAAGUCCAACUCUAGAUUUGUAAAACGUAAUUUAAUAAAUCAUCUGAAGUUUUUUGUUUAAUUAUUCUUUUUUUAGUCAACUUAUAUUUUCAUUAAUUUGAAUUUGAGCAUACAUAAUCGUGAUGCAAUACAUUGGAUAUUGAUGUUGGAACAUAAUAAUGAAACUGAAACAAUUGGUUUCCAUGGAUAACUUGUUUUGCCAAUAUAUAUGUCCCUUUGUUCUUAAUUUCUCUGCCAAUCCCUCUAUAAUUUACUUUAAUCAUUUAAAUAAAUCAUGCUUAUUAUUAGAAGUGGACACCCAAACUUUAUUAUGUUUUAAUUUAGGGGAUGAUAAAAAUCCGUUUUCGCAUUUCAACAUUUGUUUGUCAACACCUCACCUUGAUUAAAUCAUAGCUAGGCAAUAUACUUAAAUUAUUAAUUUGUUGACAAAAAAAAUAUUUAAAUUAUUAAUUUAAAAGUAUGUCCUCUAAUCCUUAUCCAAUGUCGCUAGGUGGAAACUGACUGUAAAUCCGAAAUGUAAUAGAAAAUAAUUUAUUUUUUAGUAAAUAUAUAAAUAGAAAAAUAUUUCAAUAAUACCUUUACAGUAACGUCUAUAAAAGAAAAAAGAAAUCUGCAAUGAGAUUUUCUUCAUAAAUGAUUCUAUUUUGUCUUGUUUUUGAGUUUUUAUUUGACAAAAAUGAGGUUUUAUGCCUUUCGUUUAUUAUUAAUAAAAAUUUGAGGUCAUAGAAAAAACUUUUACACCAUGGAAAAAUAAUAAUAAAAAAAAAAUUAAACCAUAUGUCUUUCACUGUUUUCUAUAUAAAUAGCUUUUACAUGGUUAAUAGAUUAUGCAUAUUUCUUUCAUUUGGGCUGAAAAAUGGCUUCUAGUCGUGAUAGCAGUUCAAGUGAUGAACAGGAAACUUCGUUUAACACAAGCGAUGGGGAUAAGAAGAAUUACCAUCGCCACUCUAACCAUCAAAUUCAAAGGCUCGAAGCGUAUUUCAAGGAGUGUCAUCAUCCAGACGAUUCACAGCGACUUAAAUUGGGAGAAGAACUGAAACUUAAACCAAAACAAAUCAAAUUUUGGUUUCAAAACAAAAGAACACAAGCCAAAACUCAAAGUGAAAAAGCAGACAAUGCAUCACUUAGAACAGAGAAUAUGAAAAUAAGACGUGAGAAUGAAGCUCUGCAAGAAGCAUUGAACACUGUGACUUGCCCGCCAUGUGGUGGCCCUCGUCCUGGGAAGGGAGAACGCGCACUCUAUCUCCAAAACCUCCGGACACAUAACACAUAUCUCAGAGAAGAGCGAGAUAGACUCUCAAGUCUGGUAAACAAGAGCGAAGGCCACUCGAGACCUAGCUUCAAUGCUUUGGCCUAUCACCAUGCUCCAUCACUGUAUGCUUCAGCUUCCAACAAUCCACAUGUCACAUAUGGAAGCUCUUCCAACUAUCGCGUGGAGCCAUCAAGCUUGGUUAGAGAACCAUACUCUCGUGAACGCAUAAACAUUGGCCAGCCACCUCAACCGCGAAACCCUAUACAACUGCAACGUUUCCAGCCGCUAUCUCAAAUGGAGAAAGUAACGAUGACUGAAGCGAUGGUAACUGCCAUGACGGAGGUAAUAACUCUAAUUCAAACUGAAGAAUCGAUGUGGAUCCAGUCAUCAAUCGAUGGUAGACUCGUCAUUGAUCAAAAGAACUAUGAGAAAACGUUUACCAAUCCCAGUCAUUUUAAGAGUCCAAGUUCUCGUAUUGAGUCUUCCAAGGAAGUCGCGGUGAUUCCAAUGGAUGCCAAAAACUUGGUUAACAUGCUUUUAGAUACGGAGAAAUGGGCUAAUCUUUUCUCAACAAUUGUGAGUGAAGCUAAAACGAUUCACGUGCUAGAAUCCAUGGAUCCACGAAGAAACUUCUCGAAAUUGAUGUAUGAGCAACUGCACAUACUGUCGCCAUUGCUGCCGCCGAGAGAGUUUAUGAUCCUAAGAUGUUGCCAACAAUUGGAGGAAGAUGUAUGGGUGAUUGCUGACGUUUCGUACCAUCAAGUAGCCUUUGAGUUUGAGUUUGAGACUCCGGCUUGCGUCAAACGUCCUUCCGGUUGUCUCAUCCAAGCCUUGCCCAAUGGUCACUCUAAGGUGACGUGGAUGGAGCACGUGGAAGUAAAUGAUAAAGUCCGGUCACAUCGGAUUUACAGAGACCUCUUAUGCGGCGGCUUUGGCUACGGAGCUCGUCGUUGGACCGCUACUCUUGAGAGAAUGUGUGAGAGGCUGUCUCUCUACUCCGUCUCUGGCUUGCCGACCACCGACUUCCCCGGAGUUGUGGACACCAUGGACGGAAGAAAGAGGGUCAUGGAUUUAGGAGAAAGAAUGUCGAAGAAUUUCGCAUGGAUAUUAAAAAUGCCUGAAAAAUCCGGUUUUUCGCAACAGACUGCAACCAACAGUAGCGGAGUUAGGAUAUCGGUGCGGGUAAACGAAGAAGUAGGUCAACCUGCCGGUCUCAUUGUCUGCGCUGGUUUAUCUUUAUGUCUCCCUCUGGCUCCUCUCCAAGUCUACAACUUCCUCAAAAAUCUUGAGGUUCGCCACCAGUGGGACGUUCUCUGCCAAGCGAGUCCGGUCACUGAGGUCGCUCGCUUUGUCACUGGAGCAGACAAUAAGAAUUGUGUGAAUAUCCUCAAGCCUUCAAGUGCAACGGAGAAUGGUGCCUUGAUGAUAAUACAAGACAGCUUCAUAGACGCAUUAGGAGGUAUGGUGGUCUACGCACCAGUGGACCUAAGGACAGCACACGCUGCCUUUUUAGGCAAUGUCGAUCCUUCAAGCAUUCCAAUCCUCCCAUCCGGUUUCGUCAUCUCCCGUGACGGCCGUCCUCCUUCUGCCGCUGAGCUAGACGGUGGCCUCGACAAUUGUAAGACGCUCCUCACGGUGGCUUUCCAGAUCCUCGUCACUGGUCCGACUAUGUUUGAAGAAGACCAAAUGAAUGAAUGGACCACCAAAGUCCAUACCUUGCUUAGCUCGACUAUUCGAAGGGUUAAAGGCAUGCUUAACUGCGAUGAUGGUCAGUGAGAGCUGUUUCACAGUUCUCAAACUAGUUUCGUUCUCUUUAAAUCUUUUUAAUGUUUUUGAGUGAGAAGACUAUUCUCUGAUGAUUCUUUAUUGAAUCAAACUCAUAUCUUUCAUGCUUUUGGUUGGUUUAAAAACUUAUAAUAAUUUGAUGUCUAAGGGAAGGCCCUUAGAUAAAACAAUGUUAUGUUUGUUGCCGGUUUGGCUUGUUUCUUUAUGAUAUUGUUUUAAGAUUA